AAUCACCAUUGUCAUCUCUCUCUCUCUCUCUCUCUCUCUGUGAUAUUUCUCCUCCAUGGAGUUAGGAAGUAUAGUACAGCUCCUUGAGAACAAGGCCAUUUUAGUCACUGGUGCAACUGGGUUUCUGGCAAAAAUUUUUGUGGAGAAAGUACUAAGAGUUCAACCAAACGUGAAGAAGCUCUAUCUUCUUCUAAGAGCUGCAGAUGCCAAGUCUGCAACACAACGUUUUCAUAAUGAGAUCUUGGGGAAGGACUUGUUCAUUUUGCUAAAGCAAAAAUGGGGUACAAAUCUGAAUUCCCUUGUAUCAGAGAAAGUAACUGUGGUAGCUGGAGACCUCUGUCGUGAGGAUUUGGGCUUGCAGGACUCCUCCAUUUUGAGGGAGGAGAUGUUGAACCAAAUCGAUUUCAUUGUGAAUUUAGCUGCAACCACCAAUUUUGAUGAAAGAUAUGACGUUGCUUUGGCCCUCAAUGCACUGGGAGCUGAGCAUAUUUUAAGAUUUGCUAAAAAAUGUGUUAGACUAAAGGUGCUUGUCCAUGUAUCCACGGCAUAUGUAUCAGGGGAAAAAGGAGGACUAAUCCUCGAAGACCCUUAUAAAAUGGGUGAAACACUUAAUGGGACCCCGGGAUUAGACAUGGAAGUAGAGAAGAAACUGGUGGAGGAAGAAUUGAACUGCCUUCGAGCUGAGGGAGCUACUGAAGCAGAAAUCACUUUGGCCAUGAAGAAUUUGGGUAUUCAAAGGGCAAGAAUGUACGGAUGGCCAAACACGUACGUAUUUACAAAGGCAAUGGGAGAGAUGCUUCUUGGGCACUUGAAAGAAAAUCUAUCUGUGGUAAUUGUUCGUCCUACCAUCGUAACAAGUACUUUCAAAGAACCUUUUCCUGGUUGGGUUGAGGGUCUCAGGACGAUCGACAGUCUAGCAGUUGGUUAUGGCAAAGGAAAGCUAACAUGCUUCCUCGGAGAUCUUAUGGCAAUUGUUGACUUGAUACCAGCUGACUUGGUGGUGAAUGCCAUGAUAGUAGCGAUGGUGGCUCAUGCGAAUCAACCUUGUGACAUAAUUUACCAAGUUGGAUCUUCAGUAAGAAAUCCGGUAAGAAACAGCAUACUUCAAGAGAUGGGCUUCCGUUACUUCUCCCAAAAACCAUGGAUAGAUAAGAAUGGGAAACCUGUCAAGGUUAGCAAGGCUUUGGUGUUAGGUGAUAUGGAUAGCUUCCACAGAUACAUGGCCAUUCGUUAUUUGCUUCUUUUGAAGGGACUAGAACUGGCGAACAAAGCUCUCUGUCAAUAUUUCCGAGACAAAUAUCUACGUCUUAGACGAAAGAUCAACUUUGUGAUGCGAUUGGUGGAACUGUACAAGCCUUAUUUGUUCUUCAGGGGCGUCUUUGAUGACAUGAACACGGAGAAGCUGCGCAUGGUAGUAAGAGAGAGUAGUGGUGCUGAGGCAGACAUGUUUUACUUCGACCCAAAGUGCAUCGAUUGGGAUGACUACUUUCUGAAUAUCCAUCUUCCUGGUGUCGUAAAACACGUUUUUAAGUGACUUUAUAAUAUAUAGUAUUAAUGGGUUUCCAAAGUUAAAAAAAUACUUGUUUUUCUUUCUGAAAUUCAUGCAUAGUGGUAUUAUUUAAUAAAAGCAGUAUAAUGUUACUGCUUUUAUUAUGUGUGUUGAUCAAUUAUUAAUUAACUUUUGUCAAGUGUGCAUGUCAAUCCUCAUAUAUUAUAUAGUACUGUCUAAAGGAUUAAUUAAUUAAUGUGAUGGAUUUC